CUGCGUAGCGGAAGUGGACCCUUUAUGUUGUCAUGUUUUUCCCAUAUCACAAAUUAAAGAUAUUAAUAGUAGUAUAUAUACUUCUGUAAUAAAGUAAUAAUAAAAAGUCAUCUUUAAUUACUGAGUUGAAUGAAAAUAAGAAACAUGCAUGGUGGCAUCAAGAUGUUUGCAUCGAUGAAAAUGGUAAAUAGUUAGUGGAAUUCUUAUCCAAAUAAUAAAAGAGACAAAGUCUACUACACAGUGAAUAAACUAACAGCCAAACAUGCCUAAAACUCAUAAUAAUAUAACACUGUUUGGCAUAUUCCCAUUUUUUGGAUUCUUUGCAUCUCAUCAUUUGUUUUAAUCAUCUAAAACUUGACAAAAAUACAAAAAAUAUUCAUUCAAUUACGCACCUUUGGUUAAGGAUAAAGUAUUUACCACUCACUCCAUCACAACUCUUGUUGGUCCAUCAAAUCAUUUUUCAGCGAUUGUAAAUAACUUAUUUUGUUAUCAAGAUUAUAAAUCUUAUAUUUUAAGAAAACAUACAUGUAUAUGUCAAAAAAAAUGUACGUUCAAAUAAGUUUAAAUCCAAUAUAUGCGUGUAUGAGUUGAAUCCUUUCACUUGAUUGCUCCUCAGCUUUAAAAGGAAGAGUAACACAGUUUUCAUUGGCCUUCCUUCUUUCCUGGUCAAAAAGAGCCUGAAAUCUGAAUAUUUUUGCCUUUUUUUAGUAUUAAAAAUGUGGGAUUGUUUCUUCUUCCAUUAAUUUACGGAAGAAAACACCAAUCUGCAGUUGCGUCCCCCUAAAUCUCUCUCUUUCUAUUGGAAAAAAAAGUUGAUUCUUUAUCCCAAAGUUAAGGUAAUUAACUGUUAGAUAGUACUAUAAGUCUAACAACUCCUAGAACUAAUUUUUUUUAGUGUCAAUGGCAAGUUCAUUGAGCAGUGGUUUCUCUGUUUCUGGCCCCUGUUUCAAUUCCAGAGCCAAAGGGUCUGCUCAUCAUUGCUAUUCAAAUGGAAAUUCAUCUAGAGAAUUUCUCGGCAAAUCAUUGAAUGUAUCAGACCAUAUACAGGCACAAGAAGAAAUUUGUGUUGAAAGUGGUCAGGGAUGGUGGGAGAAGACACUUAAACCCAACAUGGUAGAGAUCAAUUCAGCACAACAACUUGUUGAUUCAUUGUUGAAGGCUGGUGAUAGAUUAGUCAUAAUUGACUUCUACUCUCCUGAUUGUGGAGGUUGCAAGACUUUACAUCCUAAGAUGUGUGAGUUAGCUGAAUCAAAUCCCAAUGCCAUAUUCCUAAAAGUAAACUAUGAAGAACUGAAAAGCAUGUGCAAUGUUCUUCAUAUACCUGUCUUGCCCUUGUUCAGAUUCUACAAGGGUGCACAAGGCAAAGUUUGUAGCUUCAGCUGUACUAAUGCAACAAUAAAGAAAUUUAAAGAUGCAGUAUCAAGGUAUGGGAAUGAAGGGUGUCGCUUCAGUCCAGCAACAGGUCUCGAGGAAUCUGAGCUUUUAGCUUUGGCCUCAAUUGGACAAAUAUAAAAAAUAAAUAAAAAAAAAUCAUCUUUUGAUUCUCCAGUAUUCAGGAGUACAUUCUUGAAGCACAAAGUUGUUCAUAACCAUGAAAGAACAGAUAUUAGUAAUAUUAAGCUAGCG